AUCAAAAACAACAACACCGGCUAUGAAACAGCUCCUGCUGUGCAUGUUUUGUUACAACGAGUGGGAUGUUGAAGUGUGUCUGUGUGUGAUUUAGCGUCAGUUGUGGUGAUAUAAGACUCGGUGUGUGUGUCUGUGCUGUCUGUAGCCGUUUGGCGCUGCUAAUGCGCGCGAGUUUUCAAAGUGGGCGAGUCCGCGGCUCUUAAAGAGGACGUCCGACCGGCUAGCCCGGAGCUAGCAUCGUACCUCACUAUACGUUUACUGCCAGUCUGAAUUACACGCAAAACUAUCAUUAAGCAUCGUUAUCAGCUAACAAACCCACGUCUGCAAUCAAACGUGUUUAUCGUAAGGUUUUUGUAAGUUUUUGUCGGGCUCGUUGCAGCUAACGGAAGCUAACAUGGUGAGGCUACCUCUGGUGAGUUAGCAUCACUGCUAACUGAACAAUAAUGCGGAUAACAGUUAAUAACGACACUUAUUUAAAUAAAUAAAGGAAUAAACAGCUCGCCAAAAGAAACGUCCCAUUGAACAGAGCAAACCACACACGGGCUCUGCAUCAUGUCUAUUGAUUUUGACAGUGCUGCUCUUCAGACUCAGCAUGAUGAAGAGGAAUACGACCAGGAAGACUAUGCAAGAGAGCAAGAGCUGCAGAAGCUGCUCACAGACCUGCCUGAUGAUAUGCUGGAGGACAGCAGAGACUCCUCCUCCCCAGAGCUGGAGUACUCUGCCUGCAGCAAUAAAAACACUGGCAACAGCCCUCAGCCUGCAUGGACUCCACAAUGGUCAGUUCAUCCAAGGCCAGCUUCUCAUGAACAGAACUAUGACGUUGACUAUGAUCAGCGCUCUCAAGAUGAGUACGCUUAUGAGGAUGGAGCUGCUCCGAUCAACAGGCAUCACCCUCAAAGUCAACCUCUCCCUCACACCUGGAACCAGCAGCCACAGGAUCAGUUUGCCCAGGGCGAUUAUACGUACACCAGCAUGGGCACAGAACAAUCUACGGAGACCAAUGAUUUCUCCACAGACGAGUAUGAGCCCAAACCAUACCCUCAAAGCACCAAUAACGCUGUAGUGUACAAUGGAGAGGGAGGACGCAGAGACAACCAGAACUAUGGGGACCACAACAAUGCCAGAAACCAUUUUCAUGAUGUAAAGUCUGGACCGGGAGACAGAGUUGUGGAUCAGUACAAGGCCAGCUACAAUCCUCACCAUCCUCCCCAUCAGCCAAAGAUGUUUAACACGCAGGCAGCUCACCAGGAAGGUCAACUUGAUCAUCUGCAAAGAGAAUUCCUUGACUCAACACAACAAACUGCUGAUAGGGAACAGCUUGCCCAGCUGCAGAUUUUAAACAAGGCUCAGCAGAGACAAAUUGAAGACUUGGAGCGAAAACUGGAGGAUUCACGCCGUAAUAUGAGAUAUGCUGAGCAUCAGCUGGCGAUUGUAAAAGAUGAAAAGGACGGCCUCGCUGUAAGUCUAAAGGAAUCAAGUCGAUUGGUUGAAGAGGCCAAGGGCCGAGAGGCUCAAAUGCAAAACAAAUUCAAGGCAAUGGAGCAGCAACUCAAGGUCCUUACUGAGAGAGACCAGGAGAACAUGAAGAAGCAGAGGGUGGCAGAAGCCGCAGUGGACAGCAUGAAGCAGCAGAUGUUGGAGCUUUGUCGCUCUGACACUCUGUCCAGAUCGCGGGAGCAGCAUGACAGAGACCUCGCUGUUAUAAAGGAGCAGCAUGACGCUGCACUAUUGACACUACAGCAGAAGCUGGACUCUACCUCUCAUGCUCUGAACGAACAGGUCGAUGUUGGUCAGAGGUUACGAGAGCAGGUGAAGCAGUUGGAGCGCCAGAGAGAAGAGGAGCAGCUGGAGAGAGCAAGAGUCGUCAACGCCCUCACUCAGCGUCUGGAGGAGAGUCAACAACAAUCUGCCAAGCUGCUGCAGACGAGUUCAGUGCAGGAGAUGACUCAGGUGCAAAUCAAACUACAACAGGCUACAUCAGCUAAGGCACUGAGUGAAAACAUGAACAAAGUCUUACAGGAGGAUCUGGCUGAUUUGAAGGAGCAGAUCACUCUGUAUGAAUCUAGUGUGAAACAUGGUGUUAUUGCAAUAGACCUGAGCACUGACUGGGAGAACCAGCUGUCUGAGUCCUGUGUGGAUUUAGGAUUAAAGAAAACCAACAAGAAAAAUGGUCUGCUUCACAGUACUGCCCUGGCUCACCUGUCAGACUCCAAGCUGCCCAAAGAUGAAGCUUUGCGUCUGCUGCGAGUGGAGAUGCAGCGCUGUCUGGGUAGUCUGAAGGGGAAGCGUCAGAAGAUCAGUCAGCUGCAGGAGGAGCUCCAACUCUGUCAGCGUCAAGCAAAUGAGCUGCAGACCCAGUUAGAUGAAGCCAAGCUCAGUUCUUCGAUCAGAGGCGCCAGCCAGAUGAAACAACUCGACAUAACCGGAGAGUCUCAGAAAGAGUUCAUGAGACUACAUGAGGACAACCGACACUUGCAGGAACAAGUGCAGGUGUUAGAAAAAAAGUAUACAGAGCUGAAACAGAGUGAAGAGAAGGUGAGGUCAGCCAACUCUGAGCUUUGCAUUAAGAUGAGGGAGAUGAUCCAGGAACUGGACCAAGAGAAGCAGGAGGCAUCUGAAAGAUCCGAGCGAAUUCAUCAGCAGUAUAGGGACGACGUGGUGAACCAGAUCAGAACAGAGCUCAUGCUGGAACAUGACGCUCAGGUUGAAGAGCUGACUGCACAGCACCAACAGCAGAUCCAACAAUUGCAGACCCAGUUAUCGGAGACUAAUGAUAAGAUGUUGGCUGUGCAAGAGUGUUACAUAUCUGUCUGCAAGGAGAAGGACACGCUUGAAGAGCGCAUACGCGACAGGGAGAAGGAGGAGGCUUCUAUCAGAGAGAGAGAGCAAAACAUGAGAGAGCAGAGUGAAACAGCUGUGGAGAAGCUGAGGGCUGAGCUUGAGGCUCAGCAUCAGGCCUCCGUAAACCAGCUCAAAGCUCUCUGGUCCAAAGAAAAGGAGACUGACAUCCAGCAGCAGGUGGACACUCAUGUCGCCUUGGCCAAGGCAGCUUGGAAAGAGGAACUACAACAGGUGGAGAAGACUUGGGUCCAGAGACUGGAGGAGGCUAGGAGAGAGAAACAUAGAGAGACUGCUGUGGCAUCGUGCCAGGCAAAUGAGAAUGAGGCCAGCAGUGUGACAAUUACUGUCGAGGAGCUGGACUCGAGGCUCAGUGCCCAGAAACAGCAGCUGGAAAUGGAAGCUGACAAAGUCAAACGCAAAGCUGUGGAAGAAGCCAGGAAACACACCCAGAGAGAGCUACACGAGAAACACCUGGAGGACAUGGCCAAUCAGGUUGAAGGUGCAGUAACAAGAGCCUACAAUCGCUGGAUUGAAGAUUUUACUUCAUUACCAGAAUAUCAAGCGUCUCUCCAAGCAGAAAGGCAGAAAUGGAAAGAACUACAAGAAAAACAGGUAUCCCAGGCCCUGAGGGAGGCAGAGGAGCAGUGGCAUAGGAAGCAAAGGAACCAGCUGGAGGAACAGAGCUCUGGAAACCAACGGGUGGAGGAGCUCCAAGACGAGGUGGCAACUCUCCAGACUCGGCUGGAGCAAGUGAGAAGAGAGCAAGCUGCCCUGCUGAAGGCUGAGCUGGCUGGAGCUAGAGCAGCCUGGAACCGAGACAAACAACAGGAGAUCUCUGUCAUCCAGAUCCGCAGUGAGCAGGUGUACCAAACCAAGCUGCAAGAGCAGUGCACAAAGCUGGAACAGGCUUUGAAGCAGGCCAGAGAGGAUGCCGACCUCCAGAAGAAUGAGCUGCUCCUGCAGAUGGAAGCCAAGAUUCAGCAGACUCUGGCGACCCGAGAAGAGGAGUGGAGGUGUCAAUACUCAGAGAAAGAGCAGGUCCAGAGAGAGGAAUUACUCGCAGAGCUGCAGACUGCUCUGGCUGAGGUCCAGGCACAACUUCUCAGGGAUCCCAAAACAGAUCAGCGGGCCACUGAAGACAUCAGGAGGACCAGCGGGGCCACGUCAGAGGGCACAAUAACACAUAUCAUCCAAGCGUCCUGCAAAGACAUCGUCAGCAGAGCAGUAACACAAGCCAAGAAGGAAUGGAAGAAAAUAAGUGAAGAGAGACUGAUGUGUGUGCUAAAAGAAACCCAGCAACAGCAUGAGAGAGAAAUCAACAAAAUGCAAAGCUCUUUGUCACAGAGGAAAGAACAAACCCGUUGCAGGAAGGAGUGCGCUGAGACUGUCAGUAAGCUGCAGAAGAAGAACCAGGAGCUCCAGAGACAUUUAGAGAAAGCCUGUCGUCAACUCCAGCACACUGUUCGAGAGCACAAAGCUGCAAUGCAGCAGCUAAAAGAUGAGCAUGGAAGCAGUUUACAAAAGGCAAAGGAAGAGUAUCUGCACCAGCUAGAGGAGGUGAAGAGAGCCAAAGAAUCCUCAGGGAGCUCUGAUCAACAACAAAGUCUUCAGCAAGGACUUGAGGAGAUGAAACAGCAAUAUUUGAUGACUGUAGAAAAGAUCAGAGGAGACAUGCUGCGCUACCUCCAGGAGAGUCGGGAGCGAGCGGCGGAGAUGAUCCGCAUGGAGGUGCAGAGGGAGAGGCAGGACACUGCCAGAAAGAUGCGACACUAUUAUCUGACCUGUCUGCAGGAGUUACUGGAGGACGGAGGAAAGACUACAGGGGCUGAAAAGAAAAUAAUGAAUGCUGCAAGCAAGCUGGCGGCCAUGGCUAAAGUGCUGGAGACGCCUAUCAAAAGUAAAUCUGGAAAGAACUACAGUUUACAAACUGACUGCCCUCUAGGUAGAAACGCAGGUUUUAGUAAGAAGCUGUCGACACUAACUGAGCUUCCUGACAUCAGGCCAGAGGACAGAUCCCACAGGGAGAAGAUUAAUGCUGAUUCAGAGCAGAAACAAUCUGCUGCAGCAAGGACUAAACCUUUGAGUCACCAGGACAAUGCUGCUUCUGGAAAGGAAGAGGCCCCUGUAGAUGCAGGGCAGAAACCCCAAACUGCUGCUUCCACACACCUCCGAUCCAACAAACCAUCUCAACAGAUGGCUACUCCAUCCCAGGUGGAUUUUGUCAGCGGGUCUGUGAGGAGCAAAAACAGGGAGAUGUAUCUGCAGGGAGCUGACUUUAGCAAAGCAGACAACCGCCGACAGACCGACGCAGAACGACAGAACAAACCUUUCCUCAUCCAGGAGGCUCCUGUCAGGGAAGAGAAACGGACCGACUGGAGUAUGAGCAGUAGUGACUCGGAUACGGGCUUCCAGGUUUCCAGAUUCUCCUACUCGGGAAGGAAAGUCGAACCAGUGAAGCCGUUUUCUGUCUCUGCUGCAUCAGCCAGCGACUCAGGAGAGUUUGGAGGCCUCACCCCGGAUGUUUCUGACAUGACAGUUUAUAACGAAAUUGCCAAGACGACGCCUCGCACCCAGACCUUGAACUAUGCACAGCGGAGUACACACAGGGAGCCCACCCCUGGCUCCGAGGCUGAGCAGCAGCGUGGAGUUUGUUCCAGGCCUCUGUUCUCUGAGUUGAGACAGCGGCAGCAGGACAGCGGCUUCGAUAGUCCAUUCUACCAACAAAAAUGAUGUGAAAGUGAAGGGCAGGUAUGAAGUCCAGAGAUUUCAGUUAGCUUACCAAACAGUGCCUUUUUAAUACAGCGUCCAAAGUUUACAUGAAGUAGAAUCUUUGCCUUCGUAGCUGCUUGCAGUGUGUGUGUAUUGUGUUAACAUUGUUAACAUUGUUAAAGAAUGGUUUGUUUAGUUUAGCAUAAAGCUUGGAAACAGCGAGCCUGGCGAUGCCCAAAGUUAAUAAAAUCCACCCACCAGCACCUGUAAAACUCACUAAUUAUAUUUCAUUUGUUUAAUCUGUACAAAAACAUAAAAACAACGUCCUGGGCUAUUUCCAGGAGCAUUGUUGUGCCGACCAGCCGACCAGCGGGGACCCCAGUGACUCUCAGUGCCCAGACAGGAAAUGACAAACAAGAUAUAAUGUUUAUUUACUAUUUAUUGUCCAGGAUAUUAUACUAGAUUUAAACAAACAAGAUAAUAAUGUGUUGGUGAGGUUUUGAGGUUCUGCUAGGUGGAUUUUCAAACUGAGCCAGUAGCAGUCGUAUUGCUAAGCUUCACAUUUACUACAGACAUGAGUGGUAUCGAUCUUCUCAUUUAAAUCUCGACAAGACAAUCAGUAUUUCCCCAAAAA